CAUGUGUCUAGAGUGCAUCUGCCGUUGAUAAACUUAUCGCCUCUCCUACAGUAGACGUUAUAAACAUCCGAGAAAUAAUUAUCUUCUUAGUUGCACAUUCAUUUCCGAAGAAAACGCAUUUUUAUUCAUCUCCCAAGGUAAUGAGUCUGUUUCCUAUUUUCGUGUAAUUUUUGAGGAAUACCUUUCCUUCAUUCUCGAAUAUUUAAAACAGUGAUUCGGCAAGAACGUCCUAUAAUCCUUAGGUUUCAUAUAAUUAUCUGUAGUGUAUGCGUCCUGAUAUUCAACGAGCAAAAAAGUAUUGCGGUCUGGCGUUGAAAACAUGUCAGAAAAUAAGGAUAAAACCAAAAUACAUAUGACUUGCGAGAAUGGAGUCUGGACUCGUUUUUUCGAACCUCCGAGUGAUACCUGGAGGACUUUCGGGCAAACCCUUUUGGAAGGGAUGAAGAGAGUCCCAAAACAUGUGGGUCAGAUUGAUGGAUUAACGGGUGAAGAGGACACCUAUGGGUCCAUGACAGAUCGGGCAGUGCGAUGUGCCCUAUUCCUUCGAAAAUCAGGUGUCAAACCUGGGGACUUCAUAGGAAUUUCCACACACAAUCACCUGGACACUUUCGUUCCUGUUCUCGCAGCGAUACUCACUGGAGUUAUUUUUCAUCCUUGGUGGGAUGUCAACCUAGACGACGAUAUGGUGAAAUAUUUCCUGGAGUUAGGAGAGCCAAAGGUGAUGUUUGUAAACGAGAAAGUAUCAGGAAUCACUCAGCGAGUAAUUGACAAUCUUGGAACGAGCACAAAAGUCGUGGUUUUCGGUGACUCACCAGGUCGGACAAGUCUCCAUCAAGUUCUAAAGGAACAGGACCCUGAGGACGUGAUAAAUUUCAAAUGCACGAUAAUCGAAGAUAUUGAACAACCCGGUGUGAUGAUCUGCACGUCGGGAUCCACUGGAUAUCCCAAAGGCGUUCUCCAUUCGUACGGUUGGUUGGAGAAAGCAUCGCAUAUCGCCCCUGACAAAUACGUUGUCAACAGCAUCAUCCUCUGGUUUUCGGAGAUCAGUUGGAUCAGUGCAAUUGGGAGUACUAUAAGUUUACUGAGAAAUCGUUCCACUGCUGUGAUAUAUUCACGACCCACAGUAGAAGUAUUCUGUCAACUAGUGGAACGAUUCAAAAUCAAUUGCCUCGUGAUAAGCACUGGAACAGCUAAUCAUCUCUAUAAACUUAAAAAUAUUGGAGAAUACGAUUUUUCAUCCGUGAGGUACGUUAUUUUCGGCGGUGGAGGUAUCAACAGAGAAGUCGAUGAUAACAUGAGGAAAAUAUUUCCAACCGCUGAUCUGAAUUUCGGAUACGGAAUGACGGAGCUUGGAGUUAUCGUCCGACGUGAGGACUCCCCGGAAAAGCUUUGCUGCUGUGGGAAAGUUCGAGAAAACUGUCAAAUAAAAAUCGUCGAUAUAGAUAGCGGAGAUACACUAGGAACAAACAAAGAGGGAGAAAUUUAUUUAAAAUCACCUUAUAUGAUACUGAGGUACCACAAAGACCCGAAUAGUACAGCGGAGUCGAUAGACACUCAAGGCUGGUAUCAUUCCGGUGAUUUCGGGUAUAUCGAUAAAGACGGGGAUCUAUUCGUCAUCGAUCGGCUGAAGGAAUUCAUUAAGUACAAGAUAAUCAUGCCAGUGGCUCCAUUGGUAGUGGAGAAAAUCAUUCUGGACCAUCCGAAUGUCGUCGAGGCUGGAGUUGUAGGCAAACCCGAUUUAAUAGACUUGGAAUUGCCUAUGGCUUUCAUCACAACCCGCCCUGGUUCCAAUGUGACCGAAGAAGAAAUUAUGAAGCACGUCGAAGAAAAUCUACCAGACCACAUGAGACUGCGCGGAGGGGUAAAGAUCCUGGAUAAAAUGCCGAUGACACCGUCAGGAAAAAUUCAAAAGAAAAUUUUGCGAGAAAUGGCGAAGUCUCUGGCGACUGCUCCCUAACUUUCCUCGAGAAUUUCACAGAAUAUGUACCACCACGAACAUCGAACAGUCGCAAUUCGAUAUCUAAUCUCAUUCAGCCAAAAAUCGAAUUGCAUCACACAGACACGGGUUUGCUCAUCGCAAUUCCACAAAAAUCAAAGUGCAAGCUAAAACGGUAGUAAAUACAAUCCAAUGACUGUGCUGGAUCGGCCCGACAAUAUCAUAUAUAAUUUUCCGUAUUUUUGUUAUUGCAAAACAGCUAAAAAUUCCUAAAAGAAAUAUCGAGCACAUGAAGUGAAAUAACUGAUGAUCCGAUAUCUCCUAUCUGUUUAUUUGUGGGCACGUGCUGAAGGAAUGAAUUCGUUGAUAAACAAUCAUGCACGAUUUAUCGUGCAUCGAGAGCCUAAACAAGUAGCGGAAGAUGCCCAGUGGGAGGUCUAAGGCGACCGAUUAUGUUGUACAUCUCUGAUGAUGGAAUAUUUACUAUUCGUGGGAAUCAGUUGCAUUAGUGCGAUAUAUUCGAGGAAAUUCCUUGGUUUUUUUAAAAAUGAAAUAAGAAUGGGUCAAAUGGAAUGUGUAACGUGCCAUCGUACCUGAUA